CCACGUGAUGAAGUCGAUAAAAGCUAGUUUAUGUCAGAUUUUCGGAAGAUAGCCGAAAACCUCUGCAAAAUUCCUCCGCGUUUCCUAUAACAAUCGUAGAAGUCACUGCUGUUGGGGAUCGGCUUCUACUGUACAGAGAUUUUAAAUUAAUGAAUAGUGACGACGACGAGGAGUCUGAAGAAUGGUUCGAUGCAGUCGAGGCUCGAACACUGGGAUUUGCUACGAAUCCAGAGGCUCUACCUCGAGGCGAAAAUCAGGUGUUUCCAGACGAGGUAUUGUUCAGAAUCUUCCAUAGCUUGAGUGUGGAAGACCGUUUUGCUGCGGCGAAAAGCUGCAGAUCCUGGCGUAGAGUAGUUGCAGAUGUCGCUCUUUGGCACCAGAAAGAAAUUAUCGUCAUUCACCCGCCCAACGACCCCAAGGCAAUGUUUCAGAGAUAUUUCCGAUUCGCGGACUCUCUCACAUCUGUUCGGAUCAAGUUCAGCAAAGAAACCCCUUCUGAAAUCACUCCAUUGGCCACGUUGUCCUUCCAUAAUAUUUUCUAUGCUUCUUGCGAAGUGAACUUGGGCUCAGAAAUAGCACUCAUUGAAGCCAUUGGAGACAAGUGCCCGAAUCUCAAAGUCAUCAAAUUGCAAUACAUGCAAUUCCUGGACCUCAUGACCCUAGGUUAUCUUUGGAAAUUUGCGGGACUAUCUUCCGUGUCAAUUGUGGAUUCUUUUGUGGAAGAUAGCCCUCAGGUCAUGGACACAAUCAGCUCCCAUUGUCCCGGAUUGCGUCUUCUGGAAGUGCCUUUCAUGACAGACUCAGAGCUGCUGAUGCUGGGACGUAAAGUUGGCAGCACCUUAAAUGCUUUGUACUUCCACGCACAUCGGCUAGAAGGCACAGCAUUGGACAAAAAAUCAGAUUUUGCUAAAAAUUUCGGUCGUUUACAAGCACUGGGCAUCAGCUAUUUGGAAUAUGUCGGAGGACUUUUUCAGAUCAGGCAGCUCAAUUCACUGGUCAUCCUCAAGUUGGUCAGCUUUACGAACGCGUCGGUUUUGAGUGAAAAUCUCAACGAGACGAACUUUCCGCACUUGAUACAUUUGACAGUGUCCAGUUUGCACUUUAACGAUAAUUUCGGCGAAAGGUUGUGGCUUCCAAAUUUAAGACACCUUGGACUGGAGUCAGAAAACGCAGGCUCUCAGUUUUCAGACGCCGGAGUUGCGACAAUCUCGGAGAAAACACAGAAUCUAACUUCUCUAAGGCUGGAAUUUUUCAAAAAUGUAACACGGGAAACGAUCGAAGACAUCGGCAGAAAGAGGAUUUUCCCGAAAUUACAGCGAUUGUUUGUUGUGAGCUGCGUGAAAAUUGGUACGAAAGCAAUGGAAGCUUUGGUCAAGUCGCGGGCGGGUUUGACGGUUGUGAAUGACACUAAUUACGGAAAGGAUGUGUACCAGCACCCUUCGAGGCGAAACGCUCCAAAUCUGUAUUCAGAAAUGCGGCGAGAAACUUAUUCAAAUCCUAGCAUUUUUGCUGUAAAUUUGCUGAAUGAGUCGAAGAAUAAUAAAAUCGCGGCGGAGAUUAAUGCGUCAUCGUACAAUAUGCGUUUUUUUGUGAAGCACUAUGGGGUCAAUGCACGCAGCUCUGUGAAAACUUUGCAUAUGGUUGCUCCGUUGGGUUUAUUGAAAUUACGGCGUUCGACCGUUCGCCGCAAUUGCGGCGAUCCGACGUUCGAAACAAGCUAA